AUGUAUAAUGGUUUGGCUGAGGCUGUUCUUCGAGGGGAGACAGAUGGCUCCAAACAUGGUAAACGAGUGAUCUUGCCUUCCAGUUUUGUUGGUGGUGCACGCUAUAUGAUUCAGAAUUACCAGGAUGCCAUGUCAAUUUGUAGAUGGUUUGGGUAUCCAAAUUUGUUUAUUACAUUUACAUGUAAUCCUAAGUGGCCUGAAAUAAUUAGAUUUGUUGAAUCUAAGGGGCUGAAGUCGGAGCAUCGACCAGAUAUUGUUUGCAGGAUUUUUAAAGUAAAGUUGGAUAAUAUGAUAAGAGAUCUUAAGACAAAAAAAAAAUUUGGUGCUGUCAAAGCAGUUGUCUAUACUGUUGAAUUUCAGAAGCGUGGAUUGCCUCAUGCUCAUAUCCUACUUUUUCUAAGCAAUGAGGACAAACAACCUCAUCCUCGACGCAUUGAUGAGAUUAUUUCUGCUGAACUCCCUGAUCCAGUAACUGAUCCCCUGUAUUAUGAUAAUGUCAAAGAAUUCAUGAUGCAUGGGCCAUGUGGUGUUAUUCGAAAAUCGUCUCCGUGCAUGGAUGGUGUGCCAUUAGAUAAUAGAUACGUUGUUCCUCACAAUCGGUUUCUCCUAAUGAAAUAUCGUGGUCAUAUCAAUGUUGAGUGGUGCAAUCAAUCACAAUCUAUCAAAUAUUUAUUUAAAUACAUAAAUAAGGGAUAUGAUCGUGUGACAACAUCCUUUUUUCAAUCUGGUGCCGAGGGUGCUGAACCAAAUUUGGAUGAAGUCAGUUUGUAUUACGAUUGCAGAUAUAUAUCGUCAUGUGAAGCUGCUUGGAGAAUACUUGGAUUUGAGAUUCAAUAUAAGGAUCCUUCUGUUGAAAGAUUGAGUUUUCAUCUUCCAAAUGAGCAACAUGUUAUUUUUGAGGAAUCUGAGGAUUUGGAUGAUGUUUUGAAUCGUAAAACAAUUCAUGAAAGCAAGUUUUUGGCAUGGAUGCAAGCAAAUAAGAAAUAUCCUGAAGGUAGAGAUCUUACUUAUGGUGAAUAUCCAACCAAAUUUGUUUGGAAAACGGAUCACUGGCAGCCUAGACAACAACGAUUUUCUAUUGGGAGGCUGUUUUAUGUUGCUCCUGGUUCUGGUGAUCUGUAUUACUUGAGGUGUUUGUUGAAUAUUGUCAAGGGAGCUACAUCAUUUGAAGACAUUAGAUUUGUAAAUGGUGUUCAAUAUGAUUCAUUUCGGGAUGCUUGCUUUGCAUUGGGGUUGUUGGAUGACGAUAAAGAGUAUGUUGAUGGCAUUGUGGAGGCUUCUUUUUGGGCAUCUGCGCAUUCCCUAAGACUAUUGUUUGUUAGUUUGUUGACCUCCGAAUCUAUUUCACGCCCUGAUGUAGUUUGGCAAAGUUGUUGGAAAUAUUUGUCUGAUGAUGUUCUCUAUAACCAACGAAAACUUUCAAAUCAUUCAGCUUUGAUGCUCAAUGAUGAUCAAAUUCAGAGUUUCGCUUUGGCCGAGGUUGAGAAAUUGUUGGCCAAUGUUGGCAAAAGUUUGCGUAACUUCAGCUGUAUGCCGUAUCCAAAUUCAGACUUUAGCAAGAGAACAUUUGGAAUUUGUAUCCAAGUUCACUGA